AUGAAUAGAGAACCAGCAAACAAGUCCAUGGGAUUUUUCGGCAUGUAUAAGGAAGCCUUCAAGAUUACAUUUUCAAGGAAAAAAAUAUUUUCACAAAUAACUCUAGCUAUACUCCUUCCACUAACCAUUAUUCUCUUAUCUCAAAUCCAAGUAUCAUACUUCAUCCGAAACCGGAACAAUGCAAAAUCCAGAGGCAUCGCUAGCGCUAUCACUGAAAUCAUCUACGCAAUCUUAAACCUCAUUUUCACUCUCUUGUCAACUUCUAGUGUGGUGUAUCUUGUUGCUUGUAUCUACUCAUCCAGAGAUAUAACAUUCAAGGGAGUAAUCGGGAUAUUCCCAAAGGUACGGGGCAAACUUAUCGUAACAUUUUUGUGGUGUCUUCUCAUCGUGAUUAUAUACACCGGCGUUGCUGUUGGAUUGUUCCUUUGGUUUUUCGUCAGCGUCAAUGAUGAAGGUCAAGGGAAGGAUAAAGUUCUGAUAUUUGGUCUUUGUCUAUUCAUCCCUUUCUUAAUUGGAUUAAUUUACAUGGAGAAUGUUUGGAGUGUUGCAAUUGUAAUGUCGGUAUUGGAAAACGAUUGCGGUAGAAAAGCACUGGGAAAGAGUAUGAAACUGGUUAGAGGUAAAAUCUUUGCCUCUUCUGUUGCUUUUCUAGUUCUUCAUAUCGCUUCUGCUGGUGUAAUAUUCGCAUUCUCAUUACUGGUGGUAUACGGAUUUAUGUCGAGUUUAGUGGGUAAGAUAUUCGUGGGAAUAGCUUGUUAUUUGGUAUUGUUGGUUUUGAUUCAUUUUACUCUUGUAAUACAAACGAUUGUCUACUUUGUUUGUAAAUCUUAUCACAAUGAGGAUGUUUCGAACAUUGCAAAGCACCUAGACGUCGGUUAUGCGAAUUUGGGGAGCCAAAGAGAUGACAUUCAAAUGCAAAGAGCUUCAGUUUGA